UAUCCGGUAGCAACGGCAUUAAGACAGCUAAAACUUUGACAUUUCUUGAAGUUGAAACUACUUCGAAACGCUUUCCAACUUCAAUAUUUGUAUUGGUUUGCUAGAUAAUUUUUAAGUGGAAUACGUGACUUAACUUUAAAAAUUUAAUUUGAAGCCCAGAAGGGACACUUGUUGAUGAUAAGAGCGGGAAACACUAGUAUUUGGCCGCGAAGAUUUCAAGGGGCAAUUUUAGGCUCCUGUCGUAUUUUGAUCUAGAACGUGUGCGUAAUAUCUAUUGGUUUAAAUUUCUAGAUUCUUAAGUUAGGUCAUGGGAUGUACCGUGAGUACUGUUGCCGAAAAAGAAGCGGCUCAGAGAUCGAAAAAAAUCGACAAAGGCUUGCGAGCUGAAGAAGAAAGGCAAGCUAAAGAAGUCAAAUUGCUACUUCUAGGAGCCGGAGAGUCUGGGAAAAGCACAAUCGUCAAACAGAUGAAAAUCAUUCAUGAGAUGGGUUACACGGAGGAGGAAUGUCUCCAGUAUAAACCAGUGGUUCACAGUAACACCAUUCAAAGUCUGGUGGCCAUCAUCAGGGCGAUGGGUCAGUUAGGAAUUGACUUUGGAGACGCAUCCCGAGCGGGUGAUACACAACAAUUCUUAACAAUGGCCAAUGCAACUCAUGAGGGUGAACUCACUCAAGACCUCUCAGUGGUCAUGAAAAAACUGUGGCAAGACUCGGGAGUACAGAUGUGUUACACUCGCUCAAGAGAAUACCAGCUGAAUGACUCGGCUUCUUAUUAUUUAAACUCCCUGGAUAGGAUAUGUGAUCCAAACUACAUCCCCACUCAACAGGAUGUUCUUAGGACUCGUGUCAAAACUACAGGGAUCGUGGAAACUCAGUUUUCUUUUAAAGGCCUGCAUUUUAAAAUGUUCGACGUCGGAGGUCAGCGCUCGGAAAGAAAGAAGUGGAUUCACUGUUUCGAAGGGGUCACAGCCAUUAUAUUCUGUGUGUCACUUAGUGAGUAUGACCAGGUUCUGGCCGAAGAUGAAGAAAUGGUACACUUUAUUUUUUCAUGAUCAAUUCAGUCACUUUUUAUGAUAGGAAAGCCUGCUACUCUACUAUUUCUUGAAACACAAGAACUUAACGUUCGUUAGUUUAGUUAAUAUCAUCGAAAGUUUUUCUCAUUAAUUGUUGAUAUUUUUUUCUACAACGUACACUAUUUUUAUAUUAGUAAAAUCUGUUAGAGCUGUCAGGUUU